AUGACCAGUCAUAAAGAUAAAAGAGCUAAGCACAAUAGUAAUAAUAAUAGUCAUGCUAAUGUUAAUGUUAAUGCCAAUAUUAAUAAUUGGAAAACUGGAGACUUGGUGCUUUGUAAAGUUGGAUCUUUUCCACCAUGGCCUGCUGUGAUCUUUCCCCAAAGAUUCCUUAGAAAUGACGUUUAUAAGAAAAAAAAACCUGAAAGAAUUGCUGUUUCCUUUUUCAAUGAUCCAACAUAUUACUGGGAAUUCCCGCAUAAACUGACGGCAUUGACGCCAAAAUUAAUAGAUUCUACUCUGAAAAAUAAUAGUAAUGCCAAUUCUAUGAAUGAUGCAUUGUUCAUUGCUUAUAAAGAAGCUAAAAAAUAUAUUGACUUAGAAUCCUUUAUCACGGCAAAAUUUAUACAAGAAGAUAGAUUAAAUGAUUAUUCUGAUGAAAUUGACCUGAAUGGUCCUCUUAUAAAUGGGGAAGACCCAUUUAUUACAAAAGAAAUGUUAACAGAAAAACAGAAUGAUAGUAGUAAUAGCUAUAAUGAUAAUGAUAAAUUUGAUAAUAAAGGUGAAGAAGAUGGUGGAGAAUUUUCAACUAAAAAUAGAAAUUCGAGACUUAAAUUAGAUCAUAAUGGUAUAGCAAAUAUAAAAUCAAAGACUACUACCACUAAAAAGAGAUCACAUUCAAAAUUAGAUAUAUCAAGACAAACUGAAAUUGCAUCUUUGUUUCGACGCAGAAUUCAAGCAAAUUUGAUACAAAGAGAUGAACCUCCAACUAUUGAAGGAAUCGAAGAGUCUCAUAAAUUACUAAACAAAAUAUACGAAAAUCUGGAUACAGAACCCCCAUUUUUUGAUUUGAAUACUUUAAGAAAAACAAAAUUACAUAAAUUAUUAAGAGUGAUUGUUAAUAAUUAUAAAUUAGAAGAAUUUCACCAAAUUUGUAAAGAUAUCUUAGCUCAUUGGGCUACAAUGAUAAUUCAAUUAAAGAAAGAAAGGGAGGAAGCAAAGAAAAUAGGAAAAAAAACUAUUCUGUAA